AUGUCGACGGGUGGGAUACGCGUAGCGUACUUCGUGCUGCGAGAUCAGCUGCCCCAGAUCAAGCGCCUCUACUUUCAGCGCCAGUACAAGCUAUGCGCUGCACGUUGCAUCGAGAUGCUGCAAAGCGCGCCGACGGAUAUCGAGCCUGUUCAUGCAACCUACCUCAGCUUCUACGCCGCCCUGUCCUACGACGCCCUCGCCCGAGACAUGCACCACAGCUCGUCCGCCCGGUUGCGCACGCUUCAGCUUGCCGAGGAGCACUACACAGCGGCAAUAUCUAAGCUAGGAGGCGCUGCACUCACCGCGAAAGAUCCAUAUGCUCGAGCUUUUGGCGAGCUCCACUCCACCAACGAAAGUACCAUCAUCCCAGAUGCGUGCCGCCAUCGCUCUUCAUUCGAUUCUGGUUACUCUACCGCGGCAUCCAGACCCACGACCGCGCAAGCUACAUCUCUGAGUCACGAGCCGAGCGGAUCGGAUGUGCUUGAUGAUCCCUUCAUUACCUACGAACCAUCUCCGCUGCGCGUCCACAAAGCACCGCCACGCCCAACACCCGAGGCCCUACGAUUCAACAACCGCCUAGCAGAGCGCGACCUCUCUGCCGAGCUUGCCGCGCUCCUAACUUCACCCGUACGACCACGCGAUCCUGCAAGCAAUUACCUCUCAUCUCCUGGCAACGACGACGAGGAUACUUUCAUCUUGUCAACAAGUCGCCACAUCCGCCGCUAUAAAACACACCUGGCUAGCCUCACCAGCAUGUUACAAGCACACCUCGACAGCGUCCGCUCGCGUAUUGUUUCCGCACAACCACUGCGGGUGCCAACCCACAAAUCUAGACCGCGCCAGGAGCGCAGAAGGCAUAUGAGUGAUGAGGAGAAGGCUGAGCGCAUUAGGCGUGGGAGAGAAGUGCGUUGGGCUAGGGAGAGGUUUUGUGCGGAGAAGUAUGAAGUGCUCUGCAGGAGAGCAUUGGCGGAGCUGUGA